ACCCGUGUAAUUUAUCUUCUUUCAAAUUUACUUAUAUAUUUCCUUUCUUCAUUUUGUAUACUAUUCGUUUAUUUAAUUUAUUUCAAAAACAAAUUUGCGCAUUACUUUAGUUCUAAUUUCGGAAUCUCGUUCUUAUUUUUUCUUUUUUUUUUUUGAUAAAGUGAAAUUUUAUUUAACGUUACAGGUUAGCUAUUGCAGCACGUAUUUAAUAUCUUGCAAAUAUGCACAAAACGGAUUCAGGUUUUUAUGUUAUCGAUGUCCUACCGUUACAUAAUAGCAGCAAACGUCCGUUUCAUCUUGAGAAAAGAAUGAAAUCCAAGAAAUCCUUUUCCUCAUACGGACAUGAAAAGCUGCUUCAAUAUGGUCCGUAUGAUGCUCAAAUUAAAAGGGAGGCUAUCCUUGAACAAAGGCGUCUUAAGUUGGCUCGUCAGUACUUGCAUGUAAAGGAUGUCCUUAUUAAACAGCAUCAACGUGCUCUUCGUGAUUCUUCCGCCAAGCGAUCUCAUAUUCAGCAAACUUUACGACUCGCCGAGAAGAAUAGAAAUACUAUUUUGCAACGAUUGGUAGAACAAUGUGCUCAGGAAGUUGCUAGAUGCAAAGAAGUUGCGCGUCAACAACAACUUAAGAAUCAAGAAGAAAUUGAUAGACGUCGUGCUAAUUUGGAACGUCGACAAAAAGCUACUGCUGCUCGUCGUGCUAAACUCCUCACUGUACCAAAAUCUCGCAUUUUUUCUAACGAGAUGGCUAUUCCGCCCACUCGUGAGGAAGCUGCUGUUAUUAUUCAAAACCAUUGGCGUUAUAGACAACUUUCCAAAGCUAUUAAAACUUACCGUAGUUUUGGAAUUUCAGUUCAUGUUACUGAAAACUUGUCUUUUCAAGAUACUGUAAGAUUGUUACAAAAACCAGCAGUUAUUCAAGCAACUGGUAAAUUGUUACAAAAAGCACGAAAAGUCUCCCCUCUGACAUGUGGUGCAAACAAGUAUAAGAAUCUUUCUAGGGUGUUUUUAAGUGCUUAUAUGAUCGUGUCACAUACCAACGAAAUUCUUGCUGAUAUCGGUCAUUAUGAAAGGAAGCUUUUUACUUCCGCGAAGGUCAUGCUGAGAGAACUUGAACAAUGGUUCAAUGAGUUUAGCAACGAUGAACCAAAUAAAAUUCAUAUUAACCACCUCCUCAGCUUUCUUUCUGCAUGGGACACUUAUUAUAAAGAUUUUGAUAAUUGGAAAUCUAAAGAUAGCGAAGAACUCGCUAGUAACCUCAUUGCGCAUUACGCAGAGCUUGAGAAAUUGUGGAAUACAGUUAAAACACAGGCUAACGCAGAGACUGAGUGGAGAAUGAAUAUUGUGCAACAACAAGAAGUGAUUAGAAGCAAAAUUAGAAACUUGGGCGGUGAUGAAGCAAUUUCCAAGUUGGAAAGAAGUUUGAGAAGAUUAAAAGAAAAACUUCCAAAUGAAAGUGGCGAUGAAACUGAUACGUCAGAUUCGGUCGCUGGUGUUAAUAAUGAACGAGAAGCUGAAGAAAUCAAGGAACAAGAAUCAAGUACUCCUCCACGACAGAAAUUUGUUCCUUCACCUUUGGUCACUAAAGUUUCUAAUUUAACACAGAAUUCAUCUCAAUCAAUGCCCAAAUCUUCAUCUUAUUUUGCGUUUUCUCCUAGUACUAGUCCUCUAGGUUCACCGUCAGAACCUUCAACAAAUUCAGAUCUCCAUCGCAUUAUGCAAAGUUUGGGACAUGACGGUGUUGGAUUAACUAAUGAGCAACUUGCGCAUGAAAUUAUUAUUGACCCAGAAUUUGAGUUGCAACCCCCUAAGAGGACUGAAUUAGAAGAACGGGUUAGAUCUAUGGCUACUAAAGCGUUCUUCGAUUCAGCUAGAGCAGAUUUUGAAAAAGGAAAAUAUGAUGUUUGGAUUCCUAAUCUUCUCAGCGAUAUUAAACAGCGACUUGUUGAUUUGGUUCCUCCAACUUCUCCAUUACAAUCGUCCAUUAAUGAAAUUCUUGACAUUGAUUUGAUCAAACAACAAACCAAAGUUGGUGUAUAUAAUAUACGUAAUUGUAUUGUAUAUAUUACUAAUACUAUGUUACAAAUUUGCGCGCCUGUUCGGGAUGAACAAAUUCAGGAGCUUAAAGGUUUGAAGGAUCUUGCAGAGAUUUUUAAACGAUUAUUGGAAAUCUUGGAUCAAAUGAGGCUUGACCUUGCUAAUUAUCGCGUUAAGGCAUUUAGAUCUUAUUUAAAAGAGCAUGCAGUUGAUUAUGAAAGACGUAAAUUUGAUCAGGCGUUAAAAUCUAAUCGUUUGAGCCUUGAUCGAGCUAAAGCUUGGUUGACUCCAACCAUUGAUUCAUUAUUACGUACAGUCGCAGAACGAAAUCCUGAGAACGUUUAUCUCCCACAACAUAAACAUAAUCAUGGUAUUAAAUUUGAUCAAGUAUAUAACGAAGCACUUGUCUCCUUUAUUUUUCAACAAUCAAUUAUCGAUAAAAAUAGUUGUCCUGAAACCUUUUUGCUUGAUGUUGAAAGACUUUGGAAUUUCCAAAAUGAAGGACAAGCUAUUACUAUCGUGGCUGCCUUAUUAAUGCUUACCAAAAACGUAGCUAGCAGUCAGGCUAAUUUUUCAUUCGAUGAUGAUAAUCUUCCUAAAUUAAAAGAUACUCUUUUCGUUUUAUUGUUGGAUGGCGACACUACUAUUGAUAAUUUAACUGCCGAGAUUUUAAAUUAUCUUCCAUCAUCUCUUUCUCCUGAAACUCAAUCUCUUGUAAAAUCAAUGGUUUCUAAAACACUUUCCCAAUCGGAUAAAGUUUUUUCACUCUUAUCACGUCGAAUUCAAAGCGUUGUCAAGCAACAUCUUCAGACAGGUCAAUUCCCUAAAAAGGAAACUUUGGCUCAGUAUGGCGUACUCACUGUUGCUAGGGAAUUGGAACAGCUUAGCAAAAAGAUUUGUGUUCUAGGUAGAUAUAAUCGUGAAGUUUAUGCUAGUUGGUAUGAUACUGUAAUUAAGGAAUAUUUGAAUGAAACCAGAGAAGCAAAUAAAAAGAAGAGACAAGCAACAAAAAGAAAAUUGAAUAUGAAAAUUGUUGGUGAAAAGCGAAAAGAUCAAUAGAUCAAUUUAUUUUAAAGAAUAUAACUUUUUUUUUUUAACGCAUUAUGUAAUGAACUUAAAAGCUUGAAUAUUUAUUGUUUAUUUUAGCAUCCUUUAUUUUAUUAUUAAGUUCAUUUAGAUUUAUAUAAAUUAUUUAGAUUCAAU